GUCGCGGAGCCGCUGGCCAUCGCCGUGCAGGGCCUCGGCCCGCGGCAGCAGGUCACGCUGCAGAUGUCCUUGCGGGACGAGACGGGCGAGCUCUUCCAGGCCUGCGCCCGCUACCAGGCGGGGGACGACGGGGAGCUGGACCUCGCCCGCUGCCCCGCGCUGCCGGGAGGCAGCUUCUCUGGCCUGGAGCCCAUGGGGCUGCUCUGGGCUUUGCAGCCCCAGAAGCCCUUCUGGUAUAUGGUGAAGAAGGACGUGCAGAGCCCCUUCCUCCUGCAGCUGGAGGUGUUUGAUGGCCACGGGGACCCCCCCGGGCGGCUCCUGGCCCAGGCGCAGCAUGAGCGGGCGUUCCUGCGGGACGGGGUGCGGAGAGUGCCGGUGCGAGAGGGGAGGAUCCGGGCAACGCUUUUCCUGCCCCCCGGAGAAGACCCCUUCCCAGGCAUCAUCGACAUACACGGACUCGGGGGAGGUCUUUUUGAGCACAGGGCCAGCCUGCUGGCCAACCAUGGCUUUGCCACACUGGCCCUGGCUUAUUAUCAGUAUGAGGAUCUGCCCCAGGAGCCAACUGAACUCCACCUGGAAUAUUUUGAAGAGGCAGUGAACUAUAUGCUCCAGCACCCACAGGUGAAGGGACCAGGGGUUGGACUGCUCGGUUACUCCAAAGGAGCCGAUCUCUCUCUCGCCAUGGCCGCCUUCCUGAAGAACAUCACAGCCGUUGCUUCCCUCAAUGGCCCUGUGGCCAUUACUUCUACUCCUCUCCGUUACAAGGAUAAAGUUAUCCCCUCUUUGACCAUCAAUGAAGAACGGGUCAAGAUCAUUGACUCCAAUAUUCUUGAUUGUUCUGACAUCCUGAUUGACCCCUUUCAAGCCCCUGGCAACCAAAGCCUGAUCCCACUAGAGAAAGCUGAGGCACAGUUACUGUUCAUCACGGGACAAGACGACCGGGUUGUCAAAAGUGAGUAUUAUGCUACUGAAGUCUGCAAACUUUUGCAGGCUCAAGGGAAGGAGAAUUUUCAGAUGCUCUCCUACCCGGGAACAGGUCACUGCAUUGACCCUCCCUAUUUCCCUUUGUACCCCAUAGGAAACCAUCCCAUUUUGCAUAAGCGGGCAGUCCUGGGUGGGCAGCUUGGGGCUUAUUCUAAAGCCCAGGUUCAUGCUUGGCCACAGAUCCAGGCUUUUUUCAACAAGUAUUUAAAUGACAACUAA